GUUGAACCUGCACAGGAAAAUCACACAGUAUGCGGUCAAUAAAUCUAGUUUUCUUUUCAAACCUUCAUCGGAACAAUGUAAAAGAGAAGAGGUAUGCUUUAUUUAAUUUGAUCUUGCUGUUAGCCUGUUGCUGUUUAUCAUUCUUAUUUGUCAGCUGUCUUUUUCUAGCGAGUGUCCACAAAGUUCAACCUUAGGACUAUUCCUUUUUAUUAACAACUGGAUCAUUGGAUAAUACAAUUCAAGAGUUUUCACUGGCUUAGCCAUCAUGGUAUAUUUAACAAUUAUUAUAUACCAUGCACUUCAAAUAUGGUAAGCGCACACGCAGUUCAGUGGGGUCGUUUAUAAUUUUUAUUUUAUUUUAGUUUUCUGUAUGUUGGCGGCAUUUUUUUUUUUUUAAAUAUUUCACUCGUGCUUGUUGAAUGAGAUGAUUAUGGCUAACUCGGUGCUGUGUGCCUCGUUCGAUGCGCCUCCCUCUUCGGCUAUUUAUCAAAACCAUGUGAUCCCUGGGCUCCCUGAGGUCCCCUGGGGCUCCCGCUGGGGAGUCUGAUGCCUGGCCUCAUACCCAGGAUUCUCUCGGCGAUCGAAAAGUUGAUCAAUUUCCUGACAACUUUGGACUGAGUGGGAAGCUGCCGGGCAAGUAUUUGGCUAUAUGCGUAAAAUAACAAUUGUAUAGAAUUUGGGUAACAAUGAACAUCUCGAGCACAUCCCGUUCAGUUGAACAGCUUGUAGCUGAAACACUUGACUUCCCUGCUAAAGAAAUUGGUGGUGGAUUCAAGACUGUUGGUGAUCUUGCGAGUCCUGACAAGUAUUUAUACUGGCAAUUUCCUGAUUGGAAGUUUGGCAACAAGACUGUGAUGAUUCCAUCUGCAUACAUGCCUUCUGAGCUGGGCUAUACCAUUUCUAGAGAUGGCAAAUAUGUUCACUAGGAUGAUUCCAACGUAAGAGGAAUGCAAGGUGAGAAACUAGUUUAUGAUCUUCUCCAACACGUUGGCAGAGCAAAGAACACGGGCAUGUUUGUUAUUCAUGGAUUUCAGCUCAAAGACAUCAGCAGAUGGAACGAAAGAUGUAAAAGGGAGAGUAUAGAAGGUGUUGUACCUAAGAUACCAGAACGAACAGGAGAAAGUGACUUCAUAAUUUUUCAUCACACAAAGGGUGUUAUUUUGAUUGAGGUUAAAAAUUUGAAGGAAUCAGAUACCAACAUCCAGGAACUGGCCAAUUUUCCACCUACAGAAAAUCCCACGGAAACUAAGGGAACCAAGGCUGCUGGAUACAGCAAUGACAAAAAGGAAACUCCAACAAAGAAAGAGGAAGUGCCAUUCAAGAAGGAUGCUGAGAUUGAUAAGGCAAAAGAUGAACUGAAUAAAAGUACAAAAGUUGUGAAGGCUUUUGCUGAAACAAAUUCAAGCUGCAGUAAACAAUCUGAUGAGUUGGAGCCAUUUCCAAUAGUUAUGUUCAUUGCACUUCCAUCAACAAGAAAAGGUACCAAACACACACACUUGGAAGAAACGUUAUUCAUAUAUGAAGAAGACCUUAGAACUCCAGAAAGCUUUUCACAAUGGUGGACUGAUAACAUCGAAACACUUCCCUUGAUGGCCACCACCCUAGAGACCACAAAGGCUUACACACUGGCCUUAUCUAGAAUGUUGGCUGUGCGACAUUUAGGUCCUGUCACAGAGUCUGAAUACACAGCAAACACAAGUUACAUCUUAGGCAGUUUCAAGCAUCUGGAUAACUGGGCAAAACGCUUCCGCAGGAUAAGGGAAAUUGAACACCCCCAUCUCUUCUGUUGGUGCAAAGACAUGUCUCAACUGGACCUUCCAGCUACAAAAGUGUUGAAAGAAGAAGCCUUUGAUGCCCUAAGAAGUGUCAACAUUAUUGCUGCUGAAGCAAACCUUACAAAGGUUCUCAAUAAACAUCUUUCAGAUAGCAAGUUCGUCAGUGGUGAAGAACCAGCUGCUGAAGAUACCAUGGUGUUUCAGUAUCUUUCACAAGAGUAUAUAAUGGACAUUGACUGCAUCAUUAGAUUCAUGAGCAGAGUCACUGAAGCACAGACAGCUGACAGAACCCUGACAGCUGACAGAACCCUGAAGGACUUCAAUCUAGAAGAAACAGAAGACAUUGGUGGGCUUAACCAACUCUCAAAGCUGCUGGAUAGAAACCAAGGUGGGUUUCUAGGAGGGGAGCAUUGCACAAAUCUAGAUGUUGAAUUGUGUGACAAAUUGGCCAAAGGGAACAUCAGAGUUUUGCCUCUUGCUGGGAAGACACCAUGGGCACCUGUGUUCACAAUGGAACAACUUGCUGUGUUUGAAGGGCCAAGGAAGCAACUGAUCAUUGGUGGACCAGGAAGUGGAAAGACAGAACUGAUGAAGGCCAAAGCUUUGACCCUCAGCCAGCAGACAAAAGGCGGCAAAAGGAUUUUAUAUUUGAUCCAGCUCCCUAAAAAGAAAUCUGUUUUCCCUCAUGUUAUGGCAAAGUUUUUUCAGGACAACAAGGCAAAAAAUGUUGAUGUGGCUACAAUUCAGCUUGACGGUGAAAAACAUGAGGUCUUUGAAAGUGUUCACUUAGUGAAAAUUCAGGGAGAGAGAGAAGGUGACAAACGUGAGAUCUUUGGAAGUCAAUGCUCACAGUUACUGGAGAUGUACAGUCAUGUUUUCAUUGAUGAGCUGUGGAUUGGUUCAAAGAUCAGACAUGAGAUGGCACAAGAUGGCACAAUUAAGAAGGUCGAUGAGCUUCAAAUUGCCAAACAAGCAAUUGAAAGCAUUGAGGGCUAUGUUUGGAUGAGCUCUGUAUUUGACUUCAAGGAAGAAUGCUUUGCAAAAAUCAGUGACAAAGAAAUUAGACUUGUUUUAGAAUCAAAGAGAUUGGAAGGGAAAGGAAAUCUGCUUUACAAUACUCUUGGCACACCAUCUCUCCUGGAGACACUGAGAAGAAACGGCGGAGUCACAUGUAGGGUUAAACAUCUCCUCAGAAGCACAAACAACAUUGUGAAGCUGUUACAAGACUACAGCUCCCGGUACAUUGAAAGAGAUUUUCCUUAUGGUACUAAAAACAUGCUCAAUCACAAUGUGGAGGGACAAGAAAUCAGCUGGAUUGUUGUUCAGCCACAAAGCGUUGCCACCUCAUCAGAGAUACACAAGUUGGAACAAGAUGAACUAUGGCAAGUCCAGAAGCAUGAACUUGCAAUGCAAACUUACAGCAAAUGUGCAGAAGUUGUUAAAGAGGUAUUACGCUUUCAUGCUGAUCUGCGUCCACCAUCACUGAUGAAAACAGGCAAAAGCCAAGUGAAGUUACAACUUUGCCCUGGUGAUAUUCUAGUUGUUAAUUUUAUUGCUCGUUAUCAGUCAAAGCUUAGUUUAGGUAAAGUACUUGAAAGAAAUGAAAUUCCAGUCUACGAUUUUCAUGAGCAAAGAGUAUUUUCCACUCACUGUCUUGACUGCUCUCCCAGUGGAGUAUUUCUUUUAAACUCUUUGUCAAGAGAUGAUUCAACUUGCCUGGAUGGAGCAGAGUGGCCCAUGGUGAUCAUGCUUCUGACACCUGAACUCAUGUUGAGUGAAGGGAGUGUGCGGUUCGAGACAGUUCGUAACUAUGAUCCAUACAUUGCCAUGUUCCGAGCACAGGGAAAACUUGUUGUGAUCUCAGAUACCUGGACAUCGUCCCAAGACUUUCUGGACAGUGUUGACAGAAAGUCCAGGUAAAUCAGUAAGUUAUUGGCCUGCGAAACAAAGUCCUUUUAUGAUUGGAAAUCCAUAUCUCGAAGACUUCCUGGAUAGAAAGUCCACUUAAAUGAACUGGUUGGCAAAAUGGACAAACUCAAAUGGACUCUCUGAUAAACAUUCACUCUAAAUGAAUCAGUUGGUGAAACAUAUUUUUCUGACUGAAAUCCUAGAUUGAACAAUUGGCUGAGAGGGCUAUUUUCAUAAGAGAUCAUAGAGUUUGCUUGGUAGUUACUAGUACAACAGUGUGCCCAUUAGCUAAACUGGGAUGUAAACUGUGGAUUACCGUCUACUGCGAGACUAUUCACAUGAACAUUAUUUAGUCCUAACUCCAUGUACAGGACUGUUUAUUACACUGCUGGAGAAUUCGACUGACUACGUUUUAACUCUGUAACUUUUAGCUCUGAGGAUAAAAAAUUCUCUACUACAGUAUGUGACAACUCAGUGGAAAGCUAGUAAGACUUAUAUUUAAUGAGCUGUACUUCCAUAUAUGAUGAACUAUCUAUUAUGAUUGUAGCACAAAUUAGUUUAAACUGAACUUAUGUAUUACAUCAUGUAUGUAAGUCUGUAGAUGAAACCCUAGUCUGUAACCAUUCAAAUGAGAGCUGUAGUGCUUAAAUGUGGACUGUUUGUACUAUACUGGAGCUGAAUUAGCAUUAGAUAGUAG